AUGGAGGAGACAGACGCCGGACCUUCUCAGCUCAACUUCAUUCACGUCGGUACACCGGGACUUCAGCCUCCGUCGCCUUUCAACUUCACCAGCCCUGGGGAAUGGACAACAUGGAUAACGAGGUACGAAGAUUACGCCUUCGCGGCCGGUAUCAACACAGCCACCGACGAGGUGCAGGUGCGAACUCUUUUAUAUUGCAUGGGUUCCCAAGCACGUAGCGUCUUGUCGUCGCUAGGACUGUCUGCUCCGGAAAACCGCCCGUUUGCGGAAGUCAAGGCUAAGCUCACUUCGCAUUUUGUCCACCCUAUCAAUGAGAUUUACGAGAGCCGCCGAUUUCACCGCCGAGUGCAACAACUUGGGGAGCCGGUUGAUGAAUUUUUCACCGCGCUCAGGAAUCUUGUCAAGCGUUGUGGGUACAACAACGCCGAGAUCGAAGACCGCCUUGUGCGAGACAAGUUUGUCGUUGGAUUGCGGAAUGAGAAGCUAUCGGAUCAGUUGUGCCGAUGUACGAAACUUACAGCUGAGGAAGCGUUGUGCCAAGCGCGUGUUCAUGAAGAAGCCGAAAAAGAGCGUCUAUCCCGUGAAACUCCCAGCGAGAACGGGGCCUUUGACAGCUUAAACGUGGACGCGGCGCAACGCGCGAAGAACGCUUCAUCGCGUCGCAGCAAAUCUGUGCAGCCAACUCAGUCUACUUGCGAUUACUGCGGCCGUGGUCACCACUCUCGAAAAGAAUGCCCAGCUCGCAAAGCCACAUGCAAUUUCUGCAAGAAGCAAGGUCAUUUUAUUGCUGUUUGCCGGGCCAAGCAUCGGAAAGAGCUGUUAGGCUCAGUGGAACUUCACGCGCUCAGUACGCGUCGGGCACGAUAUGCCGACAUUCACGUGAAUGGUCACCUCGCACACUUCAAGAUAGACUCAGGGGCCGAAAUAACGGUGGUUUCACCUUCUUUUCCGGCAUUACCUACUGUUUUGGAUAAAGUGGACGCCGAGGUAUCCGGUCCUGGAAAUCAAAGGCUGCACGUUCUGGGAUCUUUCACUGCUACCUUGCAGUGGCGUAACAAAGUGUCUGUGCAAAGACUGUAUGUUAUCAAGAACCAGACGACACACCUCCUGGGAUUACCAGCAAUUGAAGACUUGGGCAUCGUUCAGUUUUUGGACUCUGUGGAUGGUAUUCCGUCAUCUCAAUCAAAAAUUUUUCGUGGGCUUGGCGAAGUACAGGAAGAAUACCACAUCCGCGUCGCUCAAGAUGCUCGUCCCUUUUCAUUAAGUGUUCCUCGACGAAUACCUCUGCCUCUGCUAGAGCAUGUGAAGAAGGAAUUGGAUGAAAUGGAAACCCAAGGAGUCAUUCGCAAGGUUGACACGCCUACCGCAUGGUGUUCAGGCCUCGUCGUCGUGCCGAAGUCGUCGGGCGGGUACAGGCUCUGUGUCGACUUGACGAAGCUUAACAAGGUUAUCCAGCGGGAACGCUACAUUCUGCCGACAGUUGAAGACAUCUUAGGUCAGCUUGGUGGGGCACAAAUUUUUUCCAAGCUCGAUGCAAGAUCCAGCUUCCACCAAAUAAAACUAACUCGUGAGAGUGAAGAACUGACGACAUUCAUCACACCUUUUGGCCGAUAUUGCUACAAGCGUCUUCCCUUUGGCAUUGCGACAGCACCCGAGUAUUUCCAACGCUUCAUGUCGAGACUGCUCGAAGGCAUCACCGGAGUCGUCAACAUGAUAGACGACAUACUCGUCUUUGGUAGGAACCAUCAAGAGCACGACCAGCGUCUAGCUGACGUCUUGGCACGGUUGACUCAAGCGGGUGUCACUCUUAAUGAAAAGAAGUGUCAGUUCAGGGUCUCUUCUGUCAAGUUCUUAGGAGUUGUCGUCAGCCAGCAAGGAAUUAGUCCAGACCCGGACAAAGUCAAGGCUAUCAUGGAUCUCCCACCACCAAUCGAUGUUAGUGGUGUUCGCCGAUUACUUGGAAUGGUAAACCAUGUGGCUCGAUUCAUUCCAAAACUGUCUGAGAUCUCCGCACCUAUUCGUGCACUCCUCAACAAGAAUAACGCGUGGAGCUGGAGUUACAACCAAGAGGAAGCGUUCAAGAAGAUAAAGUCUUUGCUCAGCUCCGACACAUGUAUGGCUAUGUACAAUCCCCAUUACCCAACUAUAGUAUCGGCUGACGCAAGCUCUCAUGGCCUUGGUGCCGUUUUACUCCAAGAUCAACCGUCAGGAAUUCGACGAGCAGUUGCCUAUGCUUCCAGAUCUCUCACUACUACGGAAGGACGCUACAGUCAAACGGAAAAGGAGUCUCUGGCUGUCACAUGGGCUGUCACCAGGUUCGAUCAAUACCUACGUGGACUAAGCUUUGAGGUCGAAUCCGAUCACCUUCCGCUUGUAGCUCUCCUGUCAAGUAAAGAUCUGGACAUCUUGCCACCUCGAAUUCAACGUAUGCGAAUAAAACUGAUGCGCUAUCAGUUCGCCGUCAAGUAUGUUCCUGGAAAACUGCUAGCCACAGCGGACACACUAUCAAGAGCACCCUGCGACUUGCCAACUUCUAAAGCAGUCAGCAGCUUGGAAGUCUAUAUAGGGGAAGUUCUCAAGGAGCUACCUUUACAACUGGAAAAUCAGCUAGACGAGAUCCGUCGUCUUCAAGCUCAAGAUAGCGAGUGUUCUUCUAUUAUGACUUAUUGUGAGAAAGGCUGGCCGUCCAAGAAGAGAGUUCCGACCCAUUUAGCACCAUACUGGAAGGAGCGAGAAACACUGAGUGUGUACGAUGGGUUACUCUUACUGGAUCGCCGCAUUGUCAUCCCGUCAGCCCAACGCAAGGACAUUCUCGCACUACUGCACGAAGGACAUCAAGGUGUCCGCCGCUGUCAAGUGCGCGCCCGCGAGUGCGUUUGGUGGCCCCAUUGCAGCCAGCAUAUUGAGGACCUUGUGGCUCAAUGUGCUAAGUGUGCUGAGACGCGAACCUUGCGUUCUGAGCCACUGUCACCAACGCCAACACCGGAACGACCAUGGCAACGCCUGGGAAUCGACUUGUUCCACCUGGAAGGACGCGACUACGUCCUCAUUGUCGACUACUACUCCCGAUUUCCAGAAAUAGUCACACUGGGAACUUCAUCAGCAAAAGCGGUUGUUGCUGCGGUCAAGAGUUGUUUUGCCCGUUUUGGGAUACCAGACGUUGUGCGGACGGACAAUGGACCUCAAUUCUCGUCCAAGGAGUUCGCCGACUUUGCAACGGCGUAUCGAUUCUGCCACGAGACCAGCAGCCCUCGAUACCCUCAGAGUAACGGAGAGGUAGAGCGCAUGGUGCGUACCGUGAAAGAUUUGCUGAAGAAAAGCCCGGAUCCGUACCUCGCUCUACUCGCAUACCGAGACACACCUGGAGUUUCGGGCGUCUCUCCAGCUCAGUUACUCAUGGGAAGGAGACUACAAACUCGUCUUCCGGUUCUGCCUGAACGACUUCUUCCGGCCUUACCCAAUCACGAGGAAUUUCAAGCACAGGAUACUGCGGCGAAGUUGAAACAGGCGAAGGACUACAAUAGCCGUCACAGUACUACUCCUCUGAUUUCUCUCAGUAUGGGGGAGGAUGUGUGGAUAAAGGAUUUAGGUUGCAGCGGUCGUGUCCUCAGCCCAGCUCAGCGACCAAGGUCAUAUGUGGUCGAGACUCAAAGUGGUGUUGUCCAGAGGAACCGUUGCCAUCUGGUGCCGUUUGUAGAUGACCAAAAUGUCCAACAGCAAGCAUCAAUGGCUUCAUCACCGACGCAUGGAACCUUGUCAUCAAAUUCGCCAAGAGACUCAGCCUCGACCUCAGCGUCGGAAUCAUUGUCUCCAAGUGCUUCAAGUGCUUCGUGCGUAUCACCUGUGCCGCCUGUGAAGAUGCCUCCCUCGCCUGAAGUGCAGACGCUACCUGUGCAAGCAAGUGCGCCUCAGUGUGAUGAACCUAAGCGUACGCGUUCUGGCCGUGCCGUGAAACCGCCGCGCAGGUUGAACAUGUAA